GGAGUGCUCUCCGCGGGCACAGCAUGUGUGAGCAUGUUUUUAAUAAGAUAUGCUUGUUCCGAAAUACAGCGCUACCCCAUUAUAUGGCAACCGAUUGCCGUUCUGCAGGCUAUCGGAGGUGUUGUGCUUGUAAUUGGAUACUUCAGGCCUAACAAAUGGGUCUGCCUGCCUUGGAUGUUUGCUGCGACUCUCUUCACAUAUGGACUGCUAAUGAAUAGCUUCUGUUAUUGGAAAACGAGUUAUAUUCGACAACCACUAACAUGUCUAACCGUGUCAUAUAUUUUGAUUGCUGUCUGGGUAUACUUUCUGUAUGCAGUUUUCGCUGAUUAUCUAAAGCUGCGCACUGCACAGCAAACAGCAUAUGAAAUUAUCGACGGAACUAAUGACGAAGCAACAUGACGUCACGGGCAGUCUGCAGCUAAAAUAAGCGAAUGAAGUAUUUCAUUUGUUACUCAUUAAGGCUUCGAGCGUAAUUAUAAUACUACACCUAAGUACAUGAGUAAGU